AUGGAAAAUAUUCAAGUCUUAAUGCAACAUAAUGGACAAUGGAAUGAUGAAGGCAGAUUUAUUGACUUUCAAAUAACAGGACUUUUAUUGGAAAUGGACUGCACAUUCAAAGAUUUUUAUGAAAUAGUAUAUCAACGUUUGCUUCUACAAGAUAGUGCAGUACAGUUAGAUAUAAAAUUUCUGAUACGUGACAAUUAUCCUCCAAUGAAAAUUGAAGACGAAGGAAGUCUCAGAUUCUAUUUAGAGUUAAAGAAGAAUGAAAAUAAUUUCACAAAAUAUCCAAUUUGUGUUGUUAUUAAUAAAAUAGAAUCUAGGCAGUUAAUGGAGUCAUCGUCAUCAUCAGCUGCAAACAAAGAAAACAGUUCAAGUUUUGUUUAUGAAGACAAUACAUCACUGCUCUAUGAUCAAUCAUAUGGAUCAAAAGAAAUAUCUAACACAACUAUGGAUAUGAUUGAAUAUGCAAACCUCCUAUGCGACCUUCAAGAAAAUCUUCCAGAACAUGAUUUUGAAGAAGAUAUUGCUCCAAACAUACAAGUAAAUCAGAAAAUAGAAGAAGGAGGGAUAUUCAUAGACAAAGAGACACUAAUAACAGAUAUGAGUCUGUACGGAUUAGCAGACCAUUUUCAAUACAAGGUUGUAAAAUCCUGCACAAGACAGUACCGGUUAAAAUGCAUCGAUGAUUAUUGUGAAUGGAAAUUUUAUGCAUCAAGAAUUGGACAUACCAAAAUGUUUCAGGUGCGAACAUUCAGUAAUAGUCAUACAUGUUCAUUGGAGGUUAGAAUGGGGGAAAACAAAUAUGUCAGCUCAAGAACAAUAGCAAAAAUCAUAAAACCAAAUUUGUUGGAUGUCAAGACAAUUUAUACACCUAAUGACAUAAUCAGAGAUAUGAGAAAUGAUUAUCGCAUUAAGUUGGAUUACUGGAAGGCUUGGAAAUGUAGAGAAAUAGCAAUGGAGCUUCUAAGAGGAAAACCAGAAAAUUCAUUUGCUCAACUACCAAGAUACUUUUACAUGAUACAGCAAACAAAUCCAGGUUCAGUUGUAAUGUUGAAAAAAGAUGAGAAUAAUUCAUUUCUCUAUGCUUUCAUGUCACUGAAGGCAUCAAUUAGUGGAUGGAAUCACUGUAUUCCUAUUAUGAUUGUGGAUGGAACCUUUUUGAAAGGACCAUAUGGAGGUACUCUUUUUUCAGCUUCAACGCAUGACGCAGCUGGAAAAAUAUUCCCCCUUGCAUUUGCAGUUACUGAUUCAGAAAAUGAUGCAUCAUGGAAUUGGUUUUUCACUAACAUCAAAUCUGUGUUUGGUGUAAGAGAGGAAAUGUGUAUAAUUUCAGACAGACACGACAGCAUAAAAAAAGCAAUAGAGAGUGUUUUUGAAGGAGAAGUUCAACAUGACAUUUGCAUUUUUCAUUUACUGAAUAAUGUGAAAUACAAAUUCAAGAAACAGCACAAGAAAAUUAAAGAUCUCUUCAUGGCAGCUGCAAGAUCUUAUACAAAAACAGAGUUCAAAAUACAUAUGGACGAACUACACAAUAUCAGUCCAAAACUUACAGAAUAUCUCAUUGGGGUUGGAUUGAAAAAGUGGGCAGUAUCACAUUCUGUGAACAAAAGGUACAAUAUUUUGACAUCUAAUACAGCAGAGUCAUUUAAUGCAGCAGUUAACAGAGCAAGAGAAUUACCAGUUACAAUGCUUAUGGAAUACUUAAGGAACUUGGUUCAAAGAUGGAGCUGCAAAAACAAAAAUCUUGCUAAAGGAACUUUCACAAAGUUGUCAACUAAAUAUGAAACUAUUCUCAGGGAAAAAUACUUAGAAUCAAUGGAACUCAAGGUUGAUGGAACUUCAGAUGAAUACAUAUUCAGUGUGAUUGACUUGGGAAGUACUUUUACUGUUAACAUGAAGGAUAGAACUUGCACAUGCAACAAAUUUCAAGUAGAUAUGCUUCCUUGUAGGCAUGCUUCUGCUGUAUGCUAUGACAAGCAUCAAGACCCACAUGAAUACUGCUCAAAUUACUUCACAAAUGAAAAGAUGCUUGCUACAUAUGAAGAAGUUGUAUACCCUGUAAAUAAAGAAGACACAUGGGAUAUACCUACUGAAGUAGAAAAUUAUAUUGUCUUACCUCCUGUUGGCAGAAUUAAAGCAGGAAGGCCAAAGAAGAGAAGAAUAAAAGGAGUAGUAGAACAUCAGACACAGAACAGGUGUACAAGGUGUCAAGCUUAUGGACAUAAUCGUAAAACUUGUAGGAAUAUGCCAAAAAAUAAAUAG